ACACCUUCCCUCUUAAUUCUCCCUCUGCCUAGAACCUCUCACUAUAUAAUGUCUUCCUCUUUUUUCCUUCUUUCUCCCUCUUUCUCCUCCAACUCUUCCUCUUGACAUCUCUCAUACCACCCUUGUAUAACUCAAGGUUAAAAAGUUGUCUGAAUCAUUUAUAAUUCUCAUUGUCUGGGACAGGAAGCCUGUGUAUACCUAAGGUUACUCAUGUGCCACCAUCUCUAGUAGUCUCCGCGAGGACAGGAAGCCGGCAGUUUGUCAAAGGUCCUCCCAUUUGUCUUGAUAAUUUUAUCCACCUGGAUUUUUAAUUACAGCAAUGUUUUAGUAUUUACUGCUUCGACGGGUAAGCGGUUCCAUUUGUUCAUUACCCUAUAGGUGAAAAAAACCGUCUUGUCUUCCCUACAUUGUGGCUUGAGGUUGAAGCUAUGUAACUCCUUGUGUGUGUUAAAUUUGACCUUUUAAAGAAGUGUUCUGGAUCAGUAUUCUCAAAGUUGUUCAGUAUUAUAAGUUUCGAUGGGAUGAGCUUUAGUAAUGGCUGGUUUGUAGUGUUAUUACUAGUUAGUUCUGUGGUCCACUUAUAUAGUUCUGGCACUGUUCUUAACGCUCGGUGUGGAACUUUCUCCAAAGCAGAUAUUUCCUUCUGAAUAUGACUUGUAGAAUUACUUGUUUAAAAUACAGAUAGAACAAAUCUUCAGCCACACUGCCAUGGGAAGGGGGACCUUUAUAUUUAGAUUUUUUAUUCAGGUAAAGGUAUAUAAAUAGAAGAUGAAUUACAAACAUAAUGUUGGAUUUAUAGAUAGAGCUAGUACAUGCAAUAAAUAAAGCCACUAAUACCCACAGCAUUUCAGGCAAAGUCGUCGGCUUCCUGUCCCCAUGGAGGGGGGAUAGUAUGGCCCCUCAGGUAACUUUGAGUUGUGAGACGUGGACUCCCUGUCCCAGCUUCCCCCCCCCAGAGUUUAGCUUCCCAUUUUCUGGGAGAGGAAGGAAAAGUGUAUGAGGCGGUCCCUAUAUAACCUUCCUGACGCGGCCAGUGGUCCCCUGUGUGUGUGUGUGGUGUUCCUGGCCAGUAACUGGAUGGGUAACCACCUACGGCUACUAGCAUCGUUACACUUUUUAUAUGAAGAAUGGCUGUCGUAUAUGUUGAUGAGAAGAGUGCCAUUAUAGACCAUGAGUCCUGGAUAAUGGAAUUAAUCAGGAAGCACAAAUUUAACCUCCGAGAAGAUGAACCUUCCAAAUAUAUCAGAAUAAAGUUUCAAGAUUUAUUUGAUCUUCGAACACCAUAUUUGAUGGAUGGUCAAGCAGAGAAAGUAGCCAGAGAACUGGAAGGGGAUGGUGACCCCCCUACACAACCAGCAAAGAAAAAGAAAAAGAAAGAACAUGGGAGUCAAAAUGAGGAAGAGUGCGAGGCAGAAGUGAAUCACAUCAUGGAAGUGUUUACGUCGCUUCAGUUAAGAUUGGAGUUCAAAUGCAAGUUUCAGUUUGUACCAAAAGCUGAUGAUUACAGAAGCAACAAUAAACAACUAAGAGAUCUGAGGAAAAGAUUUACAGAAGUCUCCAUCACAAAACUGCCACAGUUGGACAACUAUUAUGGUGGUAGUGAAUUUGAUGGGCAUGUGGUGAAUGGCAUCAAGUAUAUGCUGCCUCCAGGGGUUCGAUACGUGAGUGACGACGUUGCUGCUAUUAAGUCACACUUAUCAAAAGCCAAAUUUGACGUGGUUGUAAUGGAUCCACCUUGGCAAAAUAAAUACGUAAGACGACGAACUCAGAACCAUGGAAUUCAUCAUGGAUACAGCAUGAUGACUGUGCGAGAAAUAGUCGAGCAUCCAGUAGGUGAUCUUCUGCACGAUGGAGCUCUUCUGGUCAUCUGGUGCACCAACAAUAGUUCUCUUAUACAAGAACUCGUCCAAGCACUGUGUGUCUGGGAUGUGCAACUUGUUGCAACAUGGUAUUGGCUUAAGAUAACUAAAGCUGGAGAACUCAUUACACCACUCAAAGGAGCAGGUCACGGCAAACGUCCGUAUGAACGUGUUUUGCUGGCUAGGAAGAUUAGCCCUGGGAUAGUUUUUAAAGAUAUUCCAGAUGGUUUGGUAUUUUGUAGCGUUCCAUGUGGGAUACAUUCACACAAGCCCCCUCUUGAAGAACUUCUGAAAGAAUACAUAGCAGAGCAGGCUCGAUGUUUGGAGUUGUUUGCACGAAGCCUAAUACCUGGGUGGACAUCGUAUGGCCUUGAAGUACUGCGUUUACAGCAUUCAUUUCUUUAUGAGGAUUCAGAUAAAGAUGGAUGAAAUGUUUGAUUUUUCUCAAUGUUGUGUAGUCAUUUUUAUUUGAUAAAUCAUUUCAAACAAAUCAGUCUAUUGUUGAUAUAAUGUACACCCCUCUUAAUAAAUAAAUUAAAAUGAAA